GAUUAGUCUUAUUGUCUUGUCAAGAUCAUUUGGUCUAGUUUAGCAAGAUAAUUUGACAUUGACUUAACAACUCAACCUAAUUGAUCGACUUACCCAAUUGAACCUACCAACCUGAUCAAACUAAUAAAUUCGCUGAAUCUUUCUCAAAUUGGUCAAGUUGUUUGACUUACUUAAACAACCUAACUCGAUUGACUCAGCUGGAUCAAUUUGAUUAACACAACCUUUUAGCUCGACCAGUUUGAUUACUCGACUCAACUAGAUCAUUACCCCGUUGCACGUUUGUUUCUGGUCGCUUGGAGAUGUCCGACGGCGGACCACGAAUGGUGAUGUUGGCCCGUCUCCGUGUUGCCGCGGCCAAAGGAACGAUUGCGGAGGUUCAAGAUGCACCAGACUCCUCAUCGAGCAAAAGGAUGGUGAGAUCGUUCAGCGCCUUAACAGGAGCGGCGGAUCUGGCCCUCGUCAAGCGACCGAUCGCCUCUGGAAUCGUGGAGAGCGGAGAUGGAGAUCUUCAGGUGCUGCCUCCACUGGCGCAUCUUCUGAAACGCCUUCGACGUCGUACGAUCCACCAAGUGAAUCACGGUGGUCGCCGUCGACGGAGUGGACUUGCUCACGGCGAACGCUGAGAAUGGAACAACCAAACGAGGCUUGCCUAAAUCUAUCUCUAGAGGCUUGAUUUAGGAAUGUCUCUUAGCGGCUUCCUGUGCUUGACUUAUUUUCCAGAAAAUUCCCGAAACUAACGCGGUUUUGCUCAUCCGACCCCACGCGAUCCAGCGCGACUCCGCCGCCGACACCGACCCCGUUCCUCGGCCCUGCACCUCACGUUCGUAGCCGUCGUGCUCGCCUUUUCUUCAAUGCCGCUUGAUCUCUCCCCCUUUCACAUUCGUCCUGUCGCCUCCCUUCGCCGUGAAGUCGAUGACGACAGAGCCGCGGCAGGCGGAGUGGAAGCCGAUCAUGGUCGACGGUUAUCGCAGAGAAGAAGAAGACGCCGCCGCCUGUCAUCCCUACCAUUUCCUCGUCUCCGGCCCUCGCAAUCUCCCCUCCCCUAAUUGGAAAGAUCUCCUCCACUCUAGCUGGAAGGAUCCGGACUAUAGGCGGACAGCCAUGGCUUGCUUCGUUCAAGCAGCGUACCUCCUCGAAUUGGACAGGCAGGAGAAGCGAGCGGAGGCGGCUGGACUCGCUCCCAAUUGGUGGAAGCCCUUCAGGUACAAAUUACGGCGCACGCUGGUGGACGCCAGGGACGGUUCCAUCUACGGCGCCGUCCUCGAAUGGGACCGCGUCGCUGCCAUGGCGGACCUUGUGCUCGCGCGGCCCCGCGGCGCGCCAAAGCUCGUGCUGGCCCUCCGGGGCACCCUGCUGCGCCGCCCCACUGCGCGACGGGACCUGAUGGACGACCUCCGCUUCGUGGCUCGCGAGAGCCUGAAGGGCUCUGUGCGCUUCGCCGGAGCUCUGGAAGUGGUUCGCGCGGCCGCCGAGCGCUUCGGCAGCGCCGGCGUGUGCGUCUGCGGCCACUCCUUGGGCGCCGCCUUCGCGCUCCAAGUCGGCAAGGCGUUGGCGAAGGAAGGACUGCUCGUGGAGUGCCACCUGUUCAACCCGCCUUCGGUCUCCCUCGCCGCGAGCCUCAGGAUCGCCGGCGAGAAGGCCAGCUACGCGCUGCGAAGAACGCCCCACCCAUCGAAGAAGCUCGCUUCAGGCAGCACCGUGAACACCUGGCGCGCACGGUGGCUGCCGAACCUGUACGUCAACAACAACGACUACAUUUGCUGCUACUACGGCGUCUCCUCCGAGCAAGACACCGGCGGCGAGGGAGACCGAGUGGCGAAGCUGUUCGUAGUGGCGAAGGGGCCCACAAGUUUCCUGGAAGCUCACGGGCUGCAACAAUGGUGGUCCGAUGAUCUGGAGCUGGAAUUGGCGGCUAAUGACAGCAAGCUCAUAAACAGGCAGCUGCGGUCCCUGUAUGCGUUCUCCGAUCGAAGUUAGCUAAUCUGCCAUUGAGCUCCUCCAUGGUGUUCUCAGCCAUGACCUUGGUUCUUCUCCAGCGUCCCCUACAAUUAUUCAUCAAUUGUUCUUACCAUCCGAUUAAUUUAAGAGAUGACCAAUUUCUUAUAAAAAUUAUUCAUCAAUCAUUAGAAU